AAUCCCAAUAACAAGUACUUUAUUGAAAAGUUGCGUAAUCAACAAAAGCUAACUUAUAAUAAGUAUUAUGGGAUCGCAGUUCUAGCAGAAACUCGUUGGAAUAGUUAUUAUAUGGUGGCGAUCAGUCUUUUGAAAAGUCAACAAGCAUUGAAGAAAGCAAGUGAUAACUAUACCUCAAUUGAAGGCUUUGAUGAAGAAGAAGAAGUAAUGGAUUCAAGUUCUUUGAAAUUGGCGGACAUAGAAAAUAAGAAUAAAAAAAUUUUAGAAAUUAAUUAUACUGUUCAUCCAGCAGUUGAUUCGAAUACUAAGUAG